UUGAUCCGCUUUGCUUGCUGCCCGCCAUUGUCUCUUCUAUUUUCCAUCCUUUCCAUUCGCUCUGAUAUCCACGAGCACUCCUCUGUCUCGUCACCGAAGUAGCUUCGUCGCUGCAUCGCUGUCGAGUCAUUGGCUGACACACUGCCUGUUGCGCUGCCUUUGCCGCCAACGCCCUUUGUGUCAUCCAUUUCCUCUGCGCACUCUGCUUUCGUUUUAAUGGCAUUUUCGGCAACCGUUGCACUCGCUUGUCCCGGUUGCUUCCUAUCCCCUUCCCUUUUCAUGCUCUUCAAUCCACAUUCCCUUUGUGCCGAUCGCCUUGGCACCACCGCCUGCCCUCCAGCCCGUCACGUCUGGGCGGCCCCUCUCCCUUCGGUACUGUGGUGCUACAGUGGCUCUGCUUCCGAUUGCGAGAACGUACCCCGCUAUUUAUUUGCGAGACGGCUUCGCAGCCAACUCUGCUCGACAGCUUCUUCGCCGUGGCUCUCUGUGUCCGAUGACUGGACAAGUCAGUCUGAGGUUGCGUGGAGCCCGGCCGAUCUCGUUCUACUCUGCCUGAUCUUGGACUCUGGUGUUAUUUGCCUUCCCCGCUUGUUGUUUUGGGCCUUCUUGUUUGGCCGGACUUGCCGUGCUUGGAUGUUUGGCCAUGUCCCCUUUGGUGCUUGAUGCUUGAUUCAUGUUAUUUCGAUUUGCUUCUUCGUACGGCCUUCUAGUUGGAACGACACUUUGGUCGUAUUUUCCCUUUGCCUUUGGUGCUUGGUUUUUUUUUUCUUAGCUGUGAUUGCUGGUGUUUGACGGUGAUGAUGUCGAUAUUCUCUCAUCGGUGUUGGACGUGGUGUCAGCACCUCCUUCCCCUCUGCGGUUUGCCCAAGAUACACGCACUGACCAAGU